CAAGUAGCAGCUAAGCUAAUUCAGGCUAGCAUUAGCCGGUGAACUGUAAACGUCUCAUUCACAUCAGAGGCAACGGUUAUGAAAUCACGGUUGUAACGGUUAACAGUCUCCUUCGCUACCUGCCAUAUCAGAAAAGAUGACAUCUGCCCCGUCUGAUCCAACUUUAGAGAGACAUUUUAAGGGUCAUAGGGAGACUGUGACAAGUGUGGAUUUCAGCUGUAACAUGAAACAGAUUGCCACAGGCUCCAUGGACUCUUGUGUGAUGAUCUGGAACAUGAAGCCUCAGAUGCGAGCAUAUCGUUUUGAUGGACACAAGGAAGCUGUCACGUCAGUUCAGUUUUCUCCCUCAGGCCAUCUAGUGGCUUCUGCCUCAAGAGAUAAGACUGUACGUCUUUGGGUUCCCAGCAUGAAGGCUGAGUCAACCGCUUUCAGGGCUCACACUGCCACUGUGCGCAGCGUUAACUUUUCUGGUGAUGGGCAGACUCUGGUCACAGCGUCUGAUGACAAGACCAUCAAAGUGUGGACCGUCCACAGACAGAAAUUUCUCUUCUCUCUCAACCAGCACAUUAACUGGGUCCGCUGUGCCAAGUUUUCUCCUGAUGAUCGUUUGAUUGUGUCCUCCAGUGAUGAUAAGACCAUAAAGCUGUGGGAUAAGAAUAGCAGAGAGUGUAUCCAUUCCUUCUAUGAGCAUGCUGGUUAUGCAAACCACGUGGACUUCCAUCCCAGUGGGACAUGCAUUGCUGCGUCCAGUACUGAUAACUCUGUGAAGGUGUGGGACAUCAGGUCACACAAGAUGCUGCAGCACUACCAAGUCCAUAGUGGUGCGGUGAACAGCUUGUCUUUCCACCCAACUGGUAAUUUCCUCAUCACUGCAUCCAGUGAUUCUACAGUGAAGAUUCUGGACCUUCUAGAGGGCAAGCUACUGUACACGCUCCAUGGACACCAGGGUCAAGUAAUGUGUGUGGCCUUCUCCAGGACAGGAGAGUACUUUGCCUCUGGUGGCUCAGAUGAACAGGUUAUGGUGUGGAAGAGUAACUUUGACUGUGCUGAAUCCAGAGAUAACGUCAGAUUGCAGCAUAAAACUUCUUCUAACAUCAAAACCCCACCAACCAGCUCCAUGUCUCACCCCAACUUUAACUCCCACCUCUCCCUUCUCCACAGCCAGGCUUCUGAACCACAAGAACAUUUAAACGGACAGGACUCACACUCCGCCGCCCACGCUCUGAGCAGCAGUCGCGGCGCGGUCCACAGCAGAGCGACUCAUUCACACACCCACGGACACCCCAGCUCCACCUCCUCCUCUACCCAGCACGCACAGAGCAAGGCCUCACAUCAGCACCCACAGCAGGUUCAAGCACAGUCCCAGGCCUCCGACGGAGGAGUCCCCGCUGGUCUAGCCAGCACCCUGGAACACAUCAUAGGUCAACUGGAUAUUCUCACCCAGGUAAGCAGAUUUCGAUCUUGGAGCAGCGGCUGACGCUUACAGAGGACAAGCUCAAAGAGUGUUUGGAGAACCAGAUGGAGAUCAGCCUACAUCUCCAGAGACGAGGGGAGGUCUGAAGAUGGCGGCGGUGCUGAGAGAGGUCAAGCUGAGUGGUGUGAGGGAAAUGGGGUCACAUCAACACCAUUAGCAGAAACACUCUCCAUGUUGUUAGAUCGCACUUUAAAAUGUGAGGUUUAACACACUAACACAUUCACAAGAGUUGACGUGGACCGUUUUCCUGACUGGACUUUAAAUGCACCCAGAGCCUCUGCACUGACAUACAGCGUUGGGUUAUUUUACAGAGAUAUCUGAAGUGAAGGAGCUGGAUAUUAGAGAAGUUAUCCCUCUACAACAGUGCUGAGAGCGCAGUCCCUUUUCUGCUGACAAAGAACUUACUGCAAGUCAAUGUGUGUGUGUGCAUGUGUUUAGUGUCUGCAAAAGUGUAGACACAUGUGACACACUUUGGUUUUUGCCUGUGCACCGCACAUGUGGAUGUUUUAACUCCAUUUUAGUGGCAGGCUUGUGCUAAAUGGUGCCUUUCGAACAUUUUUUCAAAACAGUUUGUUACAUCCUCAUUUUCUAGAACACGAGCCAAAACUGGAUUCUAAUUGUUUUUAACUGGGGGCUUGUUGAACUUUCCAUUAAAAUGAACCCUUAAAUUUA